UUUCCUCAGCGCCUUCUGCGAGACCUCCCUGUCCUCGCGGCUGCUGGUGACGGGCACGCGGCUCGUAGUGCUCACCAGCCUCCCUGCCCCACGCCUACACGCCCUCAUGCACGCCCACUGGACUCUCACAAUGAUGGACGCACUGCUCAUUAACCUGCGGGAAGGAAACAGGUGUGAUGUGUACCUGUACCUGCCCUACAGCCCAGGUGGCGACGGGCAGGUGGUACAGGUGGCCACGUGGACGCCCUCAGAUGGCCUUACCACCCUCACUGCAGUCCCGUUCUUCCCUGAUAAGUAUUCAAACUUUCAUGGAGGGCUACUUAAUAUAACAUCGCUAAACUUCAUGCCGUUCUGGGGCCAGGGACACUGACCACCACCACCACCGCCGCUGCCGACAUCACCGCCACCUUUACGGGCUUCAACUCCGUCCUGCUCGCCGCCUUGGCCACUAAACUCAACUUCACCGUCCACCUUCUGCCCAGCGACUCUUGGGACGAUGUGGCGUCACAGCUGGCACAGAGGCGUUCACAGAUGAUCCCCAUGGUGUACGUCAUCCUGGAGUCGCGCCUUCCCCUUUAUGACUUCACCUGUCCCUUUGACCGCAUCAGGAUUUCCUUCAGCCUCGCCACGCCCUCCCUCGCCCCGGGCUGGCUGAGUCUCUAUCUGCCCCUAUCCGGAACCGUCUGGCUGCUCACCUUCCUCACGAUCUGCCUGCUCCCCGUCGUUUUUAAGAUGCUACUUCAGGAGGAAGGCCGCGCCGUGGACAGAACACUGAGAAUGCUGCUAGGACAGGAUCUCCCAGGACGCCUUCCCGCUGCCCCCUCCUACAGGAUACUCGUGGCGGCCUGGAUGGUGUUUUCUCUGGUCUUCGGGACAGCCUAUCGCGGCAACCUGACGGCAGCGCUGACGCUGCCCACCUACCCGAGGAGAAUUGAGACCCUGAGUGACCUGGUGGCUUAUGUAGACAGGCUCACAAUGCCGCCCUAUGGAGCAGACCACCGCGCCUCCUACCUCGCCUCGGACUCCCCCAUGCUGAGAGCCAUUGGCCAACUCAUGCAGGUGGUCCACACUACUGACGAAGGGCUGACAGGAGCGCUACGGAACAGGGAGGCGCACGUGGACGGCAGACGGUACCUAGAGCAAGCCAUCACACACGGCUUCCUGAGUGAGGGAGGCAAAGAACGGCUGUACCUAGGCAAGGAGAUCAUCUUUCCCAGCCCCGCAGCCUUCCCAGUGCCCCACGACGCCCCGUACAAGACUCACUUCAACCACGUCAUAUGGAUGUGCGUCGAGGCCGGUUUGCUGGACAAGUGGUACCAAGACACGCUGACGGAGGCGAAGAAGGAGUCCCGGCGGAAGUGGCGCGAGAAGAGGAGAGAGGAAGAAGCAGAAGGAAGAGAAAUAAAAGGAGAGAAAGAGAGUGGGCCAGCGCCUCUCACACACACUCAUCUCCAAGGCUUCUUUCUCCUCUUCUCCCUCGGGCUCGUCCUCGCAGUGGUGUCCUUCCUGCUGGAGAUCCUGCAUUCGUAUCUUCACAAAAGGACUUCUCUCUCCCCUCCUCCUCCU